AUGUUUGUCUACAAGAGAGAUGGACGUAAGGAACGCGUGCAGUUCGACAAAAUCACCGCACGUGUCUCGAGGCUCUGUUAUGGCCUCGACCCCGACCACGUUGAUGCUGCAGCCAUCACCCAGAAGGUCAUCUCUGGUGUCUACCAGGGUGUUGGCACCGUCGAGCUGGAUAACUUGGCCGCCGAGACCGCUGCAUACAUGACCGUUACACACCCCGACUACGCCAUUCUCGCUGCACGUAUCGCCGUUUCAAACCUCCACAAGCAAACAAAAAAGCAGUUCUCUAUGGUCAUCUCCGAUCUCUACCAUUAUGUGAACCCCAAGAACAACAAGCCUGCUCCUAUGAUCUCACAGAAACACUACGAGAUCGUUAUGAAGCAUGCUGAGGAGCUUAACUCGGCCAUUGUGUAUGACCGUGACUUCAACUACAACUUCUUCGGAUUCAAGACCCUCGAGCGUUCAUACCUUCUUCGGAUUAACGGCAAUGUUGCUGAGCGUCCCCAGCACUUGCUCAUGCGUGUUGCUGUCGGAAUCCACGGUGAGGACAUUGAGAAGGCCAUUGAGACAUACCACCUGAUGUCCCAGAAGUUCUUCACUCACGCCUCCCCCACUCUGUUCAAUGCCGCUACUCCUCAGCCCCAGCUUGCAUCUUGCUUCCUGGUUGAUAUGAGCGCUGACAGCAUUGAGGGUAUCUACGAUACUCUCAAGACCUGUGCCAUGAUCUCUAAGACCGCUGGUGGUAUUGGUCUGAAUGUUCACCGCAUUCGUGCUACCGGUUCUUACAUUGGUGGAACCAACGGCUCCUCCAACGGUAUUGUUCCUAUGCUGCGCGUGUUCAAUAACACCGCACGUUAUGUGGACCAGGGUGGUAACAAGCGCCCUGGUGCCUUUGCUAUCUACCUGGAGCCGUGGCACGCCGAUGUCUUCGAGUUCCUCGAUCUGCGGAAGAACCACGGUAAGGAGGAGGUUCGUGCUCGUGACCUUUUCUACGCCUUGUGGACCCCCGAUCUCUUCAUGAAGCGUGUUGAGGCCAACGGCGAUUGGACACUCUUCUGCCCCAACGAGGCCCCCGGCCUGGCUGAUGUCUACGGUGAGGAGUUCGAUGCUCUCUACGAGAAGUACGAGCAGGAGGGACGUGGCCGCAAGACCAUCAAGGCUCAGAAGCUCUGGUACGCCAUUCUCGAGGCCCAGACUGAGACUGGUAACCCCUUCAUGCUCUACAAGGAUGCUUGCAACAAGAAGAGUAACCAGAAGAACCUGGGUACUAUUCGUAGCUCUAACCUGUGCACCGAGAUCGUCGAGUACAGUGCCCCUGAUGAGGUUGCUGUCUGCAACCUGGCUUCCCUCGCCCUCCCCACCUUUGUCGACGCUGCCCGAGGCGAGUAUGACUUUGGCAGACUCCACGAGGUCGUGCAGGUUCUCGUUCACAACCUGAACAAGAUCAUUGAUAUUAACCACUACCCCGUUCCUGAGGCGAAGAAGAGCAACUUCCGUCACCGCCCCAUCGCUCUCGGUGUCAACGGUCUUGCUGAUGCCUUCCUGGCUCUGCGUCUGCCGUUCGACUCCCCUGAGGCCAGACAGCUCAACAUCCAGAUCUUCGAGACCAUUUACCACGGUGCUUUGACUGCUUCCAACGAGAUUGCCGCGAAGCUGGGUACAUAUGAGACUUACGCUGGCUCUCCCGUCUCGCAGGGUAUCCUGCAGUACGACAUGUGGGACCGCACCCCCACCGAUCUCUGGGACUGGGCCUCCCUGAAGGCUAAGAUCGCCGAGACUGGUGUCCGCAACAGUCUGCUGGUCGCCCCUAUGCCUACUGCCAGUACCAGUCAGAUCCUGGGCUUCAACGAGUGCUUCGAGCCCUACACCUCGAACAUCUACUCCCGCCGUGUCCUGGCUGGUGAGUUCCAGGUUGUCAACCCUUGGCUCCUGAAGGACCUGGUCGACCUCGGCCUGUGGUCCGACAACAUGAAGAACCGCAUCAUCGCCGAUGGUGGCUCCGUCCAGAACAUCCCCAACAUCCCCGCCGAUAUCAAGGCCCUGUACAAGACCGUCUGGGAGAUCUCCCAGCGCACCAUUCUGCAGAUGGCCGCCGACCGCGGUGCCUUCAUUGAUCAGUCGCAGUCCCUCAACAUCCACUUGAAGGAGCCCACCAUGGGCAAGCUCACCAGCAUGCACUUCGCCGGCUGGAAGAUGGGUCUCAAGACCGGCAUGUACUACCUGCGCACCAUGGCCGCUUCCGCCCCUAUCCAGUUCACCGUCGAUCAGGAACAGCUCCUGGUUGAGGAUACCAACGUUGCUCGCUCUAAGAAGCGUACCGUUGCCACCGGUGCCUCUGCUUACUCAGCCAUUCCCCGUGCCGAGGCCGCUGUUGUCAAGGCCGCCGCUCCCGUCCAGGAGACCCCUCGCACUGUGGUUGCACCCGUUGCUGCUGCUCCUGCUGUCGAGGCCAAGACUGAGGUCGCUGAUGAUGAGCCUGAAGAUGCCGAGAGCAGGGCAAAGGAGGGCGAUAUCUUCUCCGAUGCUGCUCUGCAGUGCAGCAUCGAGAACAAGGAUGCUUGCAUCAUGUGCCAGGGUUAA